GAUUUGCCUGCACCUCACAAACGCUGACACGCGUCCUUGUGCUUUCGUAUGCGCAACACGUGUCGUGUAAAGACUUCCUCCAACAUCCCAUAUUUUCACAGCCGUGCGAUACACUCAUAAAAAUCUCGGUUCCUGUCACGUGGCAUCCUGGAGCACUUAGUUGACCACUCAACCUUUAUCGCCUCCGACGUGUCUAUCUAUGCCACGCAAGCGUGCUCGGCGAGGCCACGAGGUACAGAAGGAGAAUCCGUUUUCCGUACUUACCUUUUGGAACCUCAGGCCUGCGAAAGCACUCGGUGCUCCAAUGCUGCGCGGAUGUCCAUGAUGAUUCCGCAAUGUUUCUUUACUCAUCUCAUCAAUCUUACCACGUUCCAAUGCAUCAACUGUGUCCAUGUGACACACAAAGUCUGUGUAUUUCGCGUCUAUCACAUGUGCAUGUGACCAGAAUGAACUCCCAAACAUUCAUAAACAGAUGCGUAAGUAUGCCCAUGAAUCUCUUGAACAUAAUUUCUUGGAAUAUAGAUAACCUACGCACUAAAGAAGUCAUAUAUAAUUUAUUGAAAAUGUUGUCCACCAGUUCAAACUCCUCUCAGACCUACGCGGAUGAUGGCGAGACCGCACAUGCUGUGUUUGAUCAAAUCUGGCCAGACACAGAUGCUUUUCCAUUAACACAGACUAUCCUUCGCUCCAUCUGCAAUUGGCCUUCCCCUUGGCAUUUAUGCCGAGUCUUCAUUCGGCAUCGUAAAGUUCAUCACUUUGCCAGGGUGGGCUGGAGAACCUGAGACGCGAAGACUAUGUUGAGAUCAGAUUCUCGUGUUUGGAUGUCAUCAAUAUUGUUUUUUCUCUCUCGCUAUUAACCAUUUUCUUUCCAUACGAAUCAGUCAAAGAUACAAAAGUUGAAUCCCUAUUUAUUACGAAUCUUGAGGUAAAGUUUCAAAAGUUGUGUGAAUCGGUGAUGUAUUGUUAAAGACAAAUCUACGGUACAAUCCUCCCUCGGCUUUUCACUAGAAGGAUCCCCCAGUAGGUCUGGAAAGUGUACGGUAAGCAAAGACGAGACUAGUGCUAGAUGACGAACGAAUCAAUGAAAUGUUUGCGCAUAUAAUGCUUGCUGCCAAAAUCGACCUUUUCAUGACCUCUGCCGUAUUCAUCACAAUGAUAGUGCAGUUCUAAAUAUCCGUAUGGAGAACAGACAAGGCGACCCAUACUCUAGACAUACAU